AUGGCGUCAGACUCACCGAGCCUCGAGGCUCGCGAACUGAGCCUCGUAGGCAAGGUUGAGUUUCGAAUCGCCAUGGCUGAUUCAGACGAAAAACUGGAGUCCUUGCUGAUGACAUAUCUCCCUCCUUUGCUGCUGAAACUGUCAUCAGACAGUGUCGCGGUUCGCAACAAAGUCAUCUCAGUCUGCCAGCAUGUCAACACACGUGUCAAGAACCCCUCCAUUCAACUGCCCGUUGCGGCCCUGUUGAAGCAGUUCAAGGAACAGAAGUCACAGCUCAUUCGUCACUUUGACCUCAUAUACGCUCAGCAAGGAAUAGAUCGUCUGGGGGCUGACGCGAGAAUUGAUAUCUUGCUCCCUCUGCUACAAGGCAUUGCGCAGAUUGGCACCUCGCCAUCGCAGGGUGCCAUUGUGUUCAACCUCGUCCUACGACUGCUGCCACUGUUCAAGAUCCCACCAAAGGGCAGCGAGGCCGACCAGAAGCUGAAGGAAACUCUGAGUCUUUCGAAUGAGGAUAGUCGUUUUCUUGUCUUCUGGCUGACAAGGCUCCUCCUUUUCUCGCCUGCAGCAGGCAAUGCUCAGACAUGUCCAGGCUUGUCGGUGGACGAGUACAAAUUUCUGACCAAAGAUGCGCCUGUCACCGAGACGUGGAAUCCCGCAUCCCAAGGAGGGUUGAAUUUGACUGAGACGAAAGUCACUGCUCUUCGAUUUCUUGGGAGCGGCGCCUUUGAGGACUCCCAGCGAUUCUUGCCUUCAUUAAUUGCCACGGCAGACGCCAAUUCACGGUUGGCUGAUCUGGGCGAUGAGACCCUCAAGCGAUUCGCUGUUGAUCUUGAAGACUCUUUCAUGGUAGAGCAACUCUACGAUCUCUAUUUCGGUGCGGGGGAAGCACAAGGCACUCUACCAGUGCGCCCGGCUUUGCAGAUCAAAAUCUUGACGUUCCUGGGGAAAUCCAUCAAGGCGACAGAGAAUACGCAACGAAUUUACCGACUCAUCGAAGAAGGGCUGCUUUCUGAUGCCGCCAGGUCGGCGCAUGGACUGCAAGCAUCGAAGCUGAGAACGCAAAUUUUUACUUUCACGACAUGGGUAGUGCGAAUGGGCUUACCAUCGAAUCUCAAACAGAUUGCUCCAAAGUUGAUUGCUGGCUUGAGAGAUUUUAUCCAGUCUCAGGGCUGGCCGAGCCCCGGGGCGAGUGGGCAGAGACUGCCCGCAACAGAUCUAAGCUUACGGGGUCUUGCAUACGAGAGCAUCGGUAUCUUGGUACCCAAAGUUGAUUUUCAACUUCGUGACGAGACCGGAGAGAAUUUCGAAUUCGACCUCAUCCGAUGGCUGUUCACAUCUCUUGCCUCUGAUGAUUCUAGCCCGCAGAUCUUUGUGAGCAUUGACCAAGCCCUGGGCAGUAUCCUGAACUCUUCCCUCGACAACUACAAUGAAGAGUUCCAGGCUCAACUGCGCCCUUUCCUGGUGAGCCAGAUGCGAUUGACUCCGGGGGACACUGACCCUGAUACUGGGUUUGACAUCACCCGGAGCGUACAGUAUGCGGCAGUCCGACUUGCGAACAGAUUCCUUCCGUAUAGCGAUGUUGUGGCGCGCUGGGUUGAUCUGAUGGCAGUGGCACAUGGAUCAGAGAGACAACAUGAAAUUGUUGAAGAAGGAACAAAAGGUCUUCACCCGUACUGGUUCCGGUUGCUCAACCCCGCCAAAGACAAGAAGUGGGAAAUCGAUCGGGAAAAUGCAAAACAAACUGUGGACGCGUGGUUCGAAUUUCCCAAGUUCGCUCAUGCGGCUCAAUUUCUCCUGGGAAUGGGCGACAGCAAGGGAGCUUCCAGCGUCCCAGGCAUUGAACAGCCCCAGCUUUUAUUAGGUCCGUAUGAAGGAGCCCUCGUCCCUGCUGUGGCUUUUCUACGGAACACUCUCCUUGCAGAGUCGCUUCAUGCCGCUAGCAUGUCCACGGAGCUUGAGCAGGACUGGGACUACAAGCUGGAAGUUGAGCUCUCAAGCAGCAACGAGGCACGAUCUGCCGUGCGACAGUAUAUUUGCGACUCUGCGAAGGAGCCCGUGGUCAUGCUUUUGUCUGCGAUCCUCCGGGGGCUCGCCAAAGAGUCACUCACGGGAUUACGGCAAAGCGGUUCAAGUUUCGUUGAGAUUUGUGCCUUGUCGCCGAACGAUGCAGUCGAGAAGCUCCUUGUCCUUGCUCCCACUCUCAUGCAACCUGUCUUGGGCCACAAUCAGGACGUUCAAGAAUUUGCUGCUAGAGCUCUGGGGAUCCUCGCGUCCCACCCAUCCUUUGAUGAAACUAAGUUGCUAGGUGUCUACACUGAUAUGAAGGACACGGUUGACGGCUGGAAAUCAGCUGUUGGAGGAGCAGCACUUCGUGUGCGCGGCGCAAUCAUGGCCUUGUCCUAUAUCUUUAGCCGCCUUUCCUAUCGAAAGUCCUCUCGUCGGGUUCCAGACUCAACUCUUAAGAGCUACGUUGACACAAUGAUUGACAUCAUCAGUAAUUCACGGGAUACUCUACUUAAGCGAACGGCUGAAACUGCCCUCGGUCAACUCAGUCUAUCGGGCCUUCUGUCAAUCGAGACGCUGGAUGAGGAUGGCUGGAAAGGACUUUUGAUGAAGUUGGCAACCGAUGCCAAGACCGAGAACAGCACACCUAUCUCUGCGCUUGGCCUUUUGACACUUACAUUUUCUCGGGCCCAGCCAAAUUCUGCCUUGUUCGGCGAUUUUAUCGAGUCGCUAUACAAGCUUCAUGAGAUUAAAAGUCCAGAAGUUCAGUUCACAAUUGGCGACGCUUUGAGUAAUGUGGCCGCUGGAUGGGAUUCACGGGCUUUGAUCCAGGAGUUCGACGUGGAUGCAGAAUUCCCAGGCUCAGACGUGCCCCGUUCAGUAUUUGUUGAGGUGUGUGAUAAACUUAUCAAGGAUUGUCGUACCUCUAAGCCGUCCCUCCGCAAGGCGUCGGCUAUCUGGCUCCUCUCUCUCGUCAAAAAUUGUGGACAUCUUCCGGAGAUGCAGGAACGUCUGCGUCAGUGUCAAGCCACUUUCUCCAGCUUGUUGAGCGGCAGGGAUGAGGUUGUACAAGAGACGGGCGCCCACGGCCUGAGCCUCGUCUACGAGAUUGGCGACCAAUCUUUGAAGGAUGAUCUCGUACGGGAUUUGGUGGACAGCUUCACCGCAACAGGCUCAAAUCUCGGCGGUGGUAAUGUCACUGGGGAUACUCAACUAUUUGAACCAGGAGCUCUGCCGACUGGUGAAGGAUCCUCAGUCAACACCUACAAGGACAUCAUGAAUUUAGCUGCGGAGGCCGGUGAUCCAACACUUGUUUACAGAUUCAUGUCAAUGGCAUCGAACAAUGCACUCUGGACAAACCGUGCCGCAUUCGGUCGAUUUGGCAUUAGUACCAUUUUUUCCGAUUCCAGCGUCGACGGAUAUUUGGCCAAGAACCCCAAAAUCUAUCCAAAGCUCUUCCGCUACCGAUUCGAUCCGAACCCCAAUGUUCAGCGAUCAAUGAAUUCAAUCUGGCAGGCUCUCGUCAAAGAUCCGACAGUGGUGGUUGAUACGCACUUUGAUCAAAUCAUGGAAGACUUGCUCAAGAGCAUGCUUUCGGGGCGCGAGUGGCGUGUACGCCAGGCAAGUUGCGCCGCUGUGGCCGACCUCGUUUCCGGACAGCGACCUGAGAAAUACGCCCAGCAUCUUGACGAGAUCUACAGUCGAGCGUUUAAGCUUUUGGAUGAUAUCAAAGAGUCUGUGCGAACGGCUGCACUUAAACUGUGUCAAACCGUUACCAACUCGGUGAUCCGUACGCUGGAGACCGAUGGCUCCGACAAACGAGCAAUAGUCCUUCUCGGCAGUGCCGUUCCCUUCCUGCUCAGCGACAAGGGCCUCGAUUCUAGUGUUGAAGAAGUCCGCGGGUACGCCAUCGGUGCACUCGUUCAGAUCAUCAAGAAGAGUCCGGGUACACUAUUGCAUCCAUUCGUGCCAAGUAUUCUAGAGAAAUUCCUCAGCUCUCUUAGCUCUUUGGAACCUCAAGCAGUUAACUAUGUUCAUUUGAACGCUGAGAAAUAUGGUCUGACUGGCCAAGAUAUCGACAAGAUGCGCUUGUCAAGUAUUCGAACCUCCCCGAUGAUGGAAGUGAUUGAGCGACACUUGAUUGACCAUCUCGACGAGAACAACGUCAAGGAUCUGUCGCCCAAGCUCGAGAAUACCCUUCGCACUGCUGUCGGUCUCCCUUCGAAAGUUGGUUGCAGCCGAGUGUUAGUGCUGCUUAGUAUGAAGACACUGCUUUUCCGCCCUUACGCCGAUCGUUUCAUCCAGCUUUUGAGUAAAUACGUGGUGGACCGAAAUGAGACCGUCAGCGCCUCCUACUGCACGUCAAUGGGUUAUCUCUUACGACUGGCAUCUGAUGAACAGGUGCUGAAGACGAUUGAACAUGCCAAGAAUCUCUAUCUCAACGGGGAAGACGCUACAUCUCGAAACAUUGCGGCGGAGAUCCUUUACUCGGCUUCCAAGCUCUCCAACGAUCGCUUCAUGGCAUUUGCCACUGCCGCACUUCCCUUCGUCUUUAUGUGCAAACAUGACGCGGAUGACCACGUGAAAGAAGAGUUUGAAAAGGUCUGGCAAGAUAACGUGGGUGGCAAUCGGGCUGUAUCGCUCUACCUGAGGGAGAUUGUUGAUCUUGUUGCUGAGAACAUCGACUCUGCGCGCUGGGCAAUCAAACACACGGCGGCACGAGGGAUUGCUCAGGCCGUACUAUCCUUGGAAGGAGAGCUGGAUCUCCCCACGGCCCAGCUGGUAUGGCCGGUUCUGGAGAAAGCUCUUGCGGGCAAAACCUGGGAAGGCAAAGAAGUGGUGUUGACGGCGCUUGUGAAGUUCGCGAGCUCCGGUCGGGUGCUGUGGGAAUCACAAACAGCUUUGGCUGACUUGCUCAGGAAUAUUGCGGUGCGUGAAGCGAAACGCAAUAAUGCAACCUAUCGACCCCAUGGGCUGAGGGCUUUGGGCCAGAUCGCCCAAGCACGCAAAGUAGACCUGAUGCCGAGCGCUCUCGCAAUUGUAAUUCCUGUGAUCGAUGAGAUCGUAGAGGAUGACGACAAAGAUGGAGACAAAAUGGACAUUGACGGCAAAGGAUCGGAUUCAUCCGAAACGUUGGCUGCAGGCAUCGAAUGUUUGUUGCAGUGUCUCAACCCAGCCACGACAGAAUCAAAAGUGUUGGGAGAAUACAUGCAAGAGGUGAUCCGUCCGUUGGAACAGGCUGUGACACAUGGGGCUCGCCAGCUCGUCAGCACGGUCUAUCGGGAGCUCCAAGCGUUGUUCACACGACUGAACGAGGGGUCGGACGGACUGGGGACGACUGCACCCCGGUCUGCAAGUGCAGUCGCGCCCGAGUCGGACGCUGCGCUGGCAGCGCCCAUGCGAUCGAUGGCGGCCGUGCUCCUGCGCGAGGGUGACGCAGUGGAGAUGGUUCGCAAGGCUCGCGCAGAGGCCAUUUUGGCGUAUCUGAAGGUUCGGCCGGAAGUUCGUGGCUUGCCUGAGGCGCGGCUGAAACAGUCGCUGCAGGGGUGGAGGACGAAUGAGCGAUCGAAUGCGGUGCAACGAUUGUUGGACGAGGCGUUGACAUUGGCCAGCUGA